AAUCUUCGCGCUAUGCCGCAAUCAUUGAAUUCGCUCCUCCUCCUCCUCCUCCUACUUCGGCUUGUCCUCCUCCUUCAAUUCGAGUCCGCCCCGUCGAGAACUCUAGCCACUGAAGCUUAUUCAGUAAACUGAAGAACCCCAUCUCCGAUCAUUGUCCGGAAAUGGCUGACGAGAACUCACCUCACAGAAGAGACCCUAUCAAAUCUUCAGUGGGGAAUGUGGCAGCACAACGGAGGCGGCAAAGUGCAAUCUCAGUGGGAAAAGAGAGGAGGGAGUCUCUGGUGCGUGCAAAGAGGUUUUGCAGGGUCAGUGUUAGUGGUGGUGGUGGUGAUGAUGGGGAUAUCUCACUUGAUCAUGAAAUGGUGAUUGAUGAGGAAGACUCAAUUUUAGAGGCACAGACUUCCUCAGCUGUUCAAGAAUUACAGACUGCUGUUGCCUUCCAGGGAAAAGGAGCAAUGCAGAAGAGAGUUAAUGCUCUCCGUGAACUAAGACGCUUGUUAUCAAGAUCGGAAUACCCUCCCGUUGAAGCUGCUUUGAAAGCUGGAGCCAUACCCUUACUUGUGCAGUGUCUUUCAUUUGGUUCCCCAGAUGAACAGUUGCUUGAGGUGGCAUGGUGUCUAACAAACAUUGCUGCUGGAAAACCAGAGGAAACAAGAGCUUUAUCGCCUGCAUUGCCUUUACUUAUUGCUCAUAUUGGGGAGAAGAGCUCGUUACCUGUUGCUGAGCAGUGUGCGUGGGCAUUAGGAAAUGUAGCUGGUGAAGGAGAGGAGUUAAGGAACAUUUUGCUCUCCCAAGGUGCUUUAUUGCCUCUUGCAAGAAUGAUGCUUCCAAACAAGGGCUCGACUGUGAGAACAGCUGCUUGGGCACUGUCGAACCUCAUUAAGGGACCUGAGCAGAAAGCGGCAACUGAGCUCAUAAGAAUCGAGGGAGUACUCGAUGCAAUUGUUCGGCACUUGAAAAAAGCGGAUGAGGAGUUGGCAACAGAAGUGGCUUGGGUGGUCGUGUAUCUCUCUGCCCUUUCAAAUGUAGCUACAAGUAUGUUAGUGAAGAGCGAUGUUGUUCAACUUCUGGUAGAAAGGUUGGCCUCAUCUAAUAGUUUGCAGCUGCUUAUCCCGGUACUGCGAAGCCUGGGCAAUCUAGUGGCUGGUGAUUCCCGUACAACAUGCAGUGUGCUUGUUCCAGGACAUGAAAUCACAGAUUCUGUGAUAACAGUCCUCGUGAAGUGCUUGAAAAGCGAGCAUCGAGUUUUGAAGAAGGAAGCAGCUUGGGUGCUAUCUAAUAUAGCGGCUGGCUCAGUUGAGCACAAGCAGUCGAUAUUUUCGAGUGAGGCAUUGCCUCUGCUUUUGCGCCUUCUCUCAUCAUCACCAUUUGACAUAAGAAAGGAAGUUGCUUAUGCCCUUGGCAACAUCUGUGUGGGGCCUGCAGAGGGAGAUGGGAGGCCAAAACUUAUUGUGGAGCACCUUGUAUCACUCGUUAAAAAUGGAUGCCUCUCAGGUUUCGUUGAACUGAUCAGGUCUGCAGACACAGAGGCUGCGAGACUCGGGCUUCAGUUCAUAGAACUGGUAUUGAGGGGUAUGCCGAAUGGUGAAGGGCCGAAGCUUGUAGAGCAGGAGGACGGGAUUGAUGCCAUGGAGAUGUACCAGUUUCACGAGAACGAGGACUUGAGAAACAUGGCAAAUGGUUUAGUCGAUAAGUACUUUGGGGAGGAUUAUGGACUUGAAGAAUCAUCCAGUUGAUGCAAAAAUACCCAUCGGUUUUCAUUCUCUCGUCUCCUUUUGCGCCCAUGUACAUGACCCUUUUGGUUUUCUUAGUCGGUUUGAAUGAAUUAGAUGGGUUUGAAAGGAAGAUCAAACUGCUGAUAAUUUGGGUUGGUCUAUGUAAAAGCUCUAACGAGUUAUAUACUAUGUAAUGCUCUAGGAUAUAUUUUGUACCCUCUGGUGUUGCCAGGAGAAUUUUAUCAUUCCCAGACUUUUAAUUGCGCGAUAAUUGAAUUAGUGUUACUAUUUUUGGUGGUUUGUUGUUA